UCGGGUUACCAGGCGAAGCAGCAGGCAGCGGGCCACCAGGUGGAGCAGCAGGCACCGGGCCACCAGGCGGGAGCAGCAGGCACCGGGCCCCCAGGAGGGGCGACAGGCAUCGGGCCCCCAGGCGGGGCAACAGGCAUCGGGCCCCACGGCGGGGGCGACAGGCAUCGGGCCCCCAGGCGGGGCGACAGGCAUCGGGCCCCCAGGCGGGGCGACAGGCAUCGGGCCCCCAGGAGGGGCGACAGGCAUCGGGCCCCCAGGCGGGGCGACAGGCAUCGGGCCCCCAGGCGGGGCGACAGGCAUCGGGCCCCCAGGCGGGGUGACAGGCAUCGGGCCCCUAGGAGCGGCGACAGGCAUCGGGCCCCCAGGCGGAGCGACAGGUCUCGGGCCCCCAGGCGGAGCGACAGGUCUCGGGCCCCCAGG